AUGGACAUGCAACCUCCCAGCACCAUAAAGGAUCUUCAGAGGUUGACCGGCCGACUGGCCACCCUAAGCCGGUUCCUAAGCAAGUUGGCAGACAAGACUGUACCUUUUUUCGAGGCUAUGAAGAAGAAAGAAGGCUUCGCUUGGAAGGCUGAGUGUCAAGAGUCCUUCGGAGAGUUGAAGAGGUACCUCUCGACGCCUCCCGUAUUAUCUACCCUGCAGGUCGGCGAACCCCUAUACUUAUACUUAGCGGCGUCACCCAAGGCUGUCAGUUCAGUGCUCGUUCGGGAAGAAGAGCGGGCUAAGCAUCCGGUCUACUACGUCAGCCGAUCUCUAAAAACGGCAGAAACUCGUUAUACUCCCCUAGAAAAGGUGGUAUAUGCACUAGUGGUCACAGUGCGGAAGCUAGCACCUUAUUUUCAGGUGCACACCGUCCGAGUCUUAACUGAUCAACCCUUGGGAGGUGUGCUAUGCAACCCCACGUCCUCAGGGCGACUCGUCAAGUGGGCCGUGGAACUGAUCCAAUAUGGAAUUGAGUACCAACCCUGCCCUUCAAUCAAGGUGCAAGCGUUGGCCGACCUCCUAGUCGAAUGCGCAAUAGGAGAAGUCGAUGAAACCCCAACCUCGGAAGAAGGUUCGGGAGAAUGGUGGGAACUACAUGCCGACGAAGCUACGAGUAGCCAGCAUUGUGGCGGUGGGGUUAUGCUAAUCACUUCGGAAGGAUUUCGGUUAUACUACGCCCUGAGCUAUCAAUUCCAGGCAUCCAAUAACGAGGCAGAGUAUGAAGCUGUGCUGGGAGGCAUCCGGCUCGCCAAGGCCCUAGGAUUCGACCGCCUGCAUAUUAAGACGGACUCGCGCCAUGCGAUAGGACAAGUAUUAGGAACCUACGAAGCUAGAAGUACUCGACUGGCACAGUACAAAGAGAAGACCAUGGAGUUAUUAAAAGGGUUUGCCGCCUACGAGAUAGAGAACAUCUCGCUGGCCGAGAACACGGAAGAUGACAUCUUGUCAAAGAUCGCCUUGGAAGGAGUGCCGGACCAUCUCCUAAGGAUCUGUCAAAAGGAGGAGCUGCGCCGACCCAGCAUCGAGGAACCCGACGAAGAAGUUCAGCAGGUAACGGUCCCGGAUUGGAACCGUGCCAAAAACCCAGAAAUGUUCUGGAUCGAAGACAUCCGGCGUUACAAAGAAGAGGGAAAGUUGCCUAACGACCUCACGGUCGCUGCCCGAGUCCGGAGAAAAGCCCCUUCCUUUGAGAUCAUAGAUGGGCAGUUAUACAAGAGGUCAUUUGAGGGCCCCCUCCUCAAGUGCCUACUCCGACCUAAGGCGGAGAGAAUAAUGGACGAGGCCCACCACGGGAUAUGCGCAGCUCAUCAAGGUGCUCACACCCUCGCACGAAAGUUAGUUGUCCAAGGAUAUUAUUGGCCUACUAUGAUGAGAGACUGCAUCGACUGGAUAGCGAAGUGCACCGUGUGUCAGGCGUUCGCACGAAAAGACACUCGGCCAGCCACCUUUUACACUCCGGUUUCCACUGCCAUUCUGUUCGCUAAGUGGGGGAUCGACCUACUCGGCCCUCUACCGGUUGCCCCAGGGCGUUUUAAGUUCUACGUGGUGGUCAUCUAUUACUUCACCAUGUCGGUGGAAGCCGAGCCUCUAGUCACCAUUACUGAGUAUCAAUGUCAACGUUUCUUAUGA